UUUCGGCUCACGACGCACCGUUGUGUUUUUAGUGCUCGUUCCACGUUCGCCUCGUCCUCGUCUUGUUGCGUAUCGUCUCGAUCGCCGUCCUUGCCACGAUUUAGUGUUUUUUUUUUUUAUUCUUGUUUUUGUGCGAUCGUGCUGGAAACCCGAAUAACUGAGUCGAUUUUAACAUCGAUUUAGGAACUGAAACAAGAGAAAAUGAGCUGUGUCUCUACGUGUAUAAAGUGGUUGCUGUUUGUUUUUAAUUUUAUCUUUGCAGUAUGUGGCUUAGGUAUCCUGACCAUCGGUGUCGUAGUACACCUCCAGCUCUCAAAUGUAACCAAAUCUAUCGACAUGAAUAUUAUGUUUCCGUCGAUAACGUUGAUAGUUGUCGGUAGCAUAAUAUUCCUGAUUUCGUUCUUCGGAUGUUGCGGCGCGAUUCGGGAAAGUCAUUGCAUGACUGUUACAUUUGCAUCGUGUCUCCUUUUCAUCUUGCUUAUACAAGUGGCUGUUGCAGUAUACGCCUUCGUCGUUGUCAAGAAUGACAAAAACGGCGUCGAUGUUGUAGACAAUUACAGAAAGAUAUUUAACGGUUACCCGCUAAAUGAAGAAAACAAACAAUUUGUUAAUGUUAUUCAAGCCAGCUUCCAAUGCUGUGGCGUUGACGGUCCAAAUGACUAUCGUAAACUUGGUAACUAUAGCGGUAACCCACCCUACAGUUGUUGCGGAAAAUCAGAAGGAGAAAUGUGUUCUAUCUCAGAGUCAUAUAAGAAUGGUUGCGGGGAGCAACUAACAAAUGCCCUUCGAACUGCAGGAACUGUAUUGGGCAGUGUCGCUAUAGGUAUCGCUGGGGUGGAGUUGGUUGGCAUCAUCUUCGCGCUUUGCUUAGCGAACUCCAUUAAAAAUGCGGAACGCAGAGGUUACAGGGUGUAACAGUUGAACGAGCAUAAGAAAAAGUAUAAACAUUAAGUAAAUAGUAAUAUAAUUGUAACACUACUCUAUCAUUUAUAAUUCGAUUAUAAGUGACGAUAGCAACUACAUAUUGUAAUGCAACAAAUUUAGACAGUUUUACAAAUGAUAGGAAAUAAGCGCAAACGAGACGCGGGGGAAGUGCCUUUCAUUUUAUUUUGAAAUAUAGUUUUUGUUUAAGCUUUGACCUUUAUAUGUGAUAUUGAAUGUAUAAACAUAUUAUUUAAUGUAUUUUUUAUUUUGAUAUUUCCAUUAAUUUCAAUAUAUUUUUUAUUUACCAUAUACGGAACACAAUAGUAAUAAUAUUAAUUUUAAUAAUAAUAAUAAUAAUAAUGUUAAUAAUAAUAAUAAUAACCGGUGCAAAUUAUUUCUAGAGACUCAGUGAUUUUUUUUUCAUGUUGUCAAAUUACAUAACAUGUAUAUCUAACAUACAACUUACCUAGCAUUUGUGCACAUAAUUGAAAAUAUUUUCUUACCAACGAUCCUAAUCAGUAAUUGGAAUUUUUUCGGAUUAUAAUUGGAAUUUUCUAAAUUACAGGUUACAUUCUAAAGUAUUCUAACUUGGAUAAUGAAAUACUAAAUCACAGUGCGUGUUAUAUGUAGUUUCGCGAUUGUAUAAAAAAAUAUUUUUAUAAUAAUAUUUUGAUAAGUAUUACACAUCGCUUACAGAUGCUUUUAUAAAAUACAAUUCAUAUUGUUGUUUGUACAGCACGUAUUCACUAUUAUUUUUCGAAAUGUAAUGUCGAAUGAUAUAUUACAUAUAUAUCUCUCUUUUAAUAAAAUCUGUUUUGUCCAAAUUAA